AUGAUGGCGGCGGCCGUGGCGGCGGGGGGAGCCCCCGAGGUGAUCGCCCAGCUGGAGAACGCAGCCAAAGUGCUGAUGGCACCACCUUCCAUGGUCAAUAAUGAACAGCGUCAGCAUGCUGAGCACAUAUUCUUAUCAUUUAGGAAAUCAAAAUCUCCAUUUGCUGUUUGCAAGCAUAUUUUAGAAACUAGUAAAGUGGACUAUGUCCUUUUCCAAGCCGCCACAGCGAUAAUGGAAGCAGUUGUACGAGAAUGGAUUCUGUUGGAAAAAAGUAGCAUUGAGUCACUACGAACAUUCCUUUUAACAUAUGUCUUACAAAGGCCAAACCUCCAGAAGUAUGUGCGAGAGCAGAUAUUAUUAGCGGUAGCAGUAAUAGUGAAACGGGGGUCCUUAGACAAAUCAAUUGAAUGCAAGAGCAUUUUUCAUGAAGUCAGCCAGUUGAUAAGCAGCGGUAACCCCACUGUGCAAACACUGGCUUGUUCCAUUUUAACGGCAUUGCUGAGUGAAUUCUCAAGUUCAAAUAAAACCAGUAAUAUUGGACUAAGCAUGGAAUUCCACGGUAACUGCAAACGAAUAUUUCAGGAGGAUGACCUCCGCCAGAUCUUCAUGCUUACAAUAGAGGUACUACAGGAAUUCAGCCGGCGAGAAAACCUUAAUGCUCAAAUGUCUUCUGUCUUUCAACGUUACCUUGCACUAGCCAAUCAGGUCUUAAGCUGGAAUUUUCUUCCUCCAAAUUUAGGCAGACAUUAUAUAGCUAUGUUUGAAUCCUCACAAAAUGUGAUGCUAAAGCCAACAGAGUCCUGGCGCGAGACCCUCCUGGACAGCAGAGUCAUGGAGCUUUUCUUUACAGUGCAUCGAAAAAUUAGAGAAGACACAGAUAUGGCACAAGACUCACUACAGUGCCUAGCCCAGCUAGCUUCUCUCCAUGGGCCAGUGUUUCCAGAUGAAAGUUCUCAAGUCGAUUACUUAGCCCACUUCAUUGAGGGAUUGCUCAACACUAUCAAUGGAAUUGAAAUAGAGGACUCAGAAGCAGUGGGGAUAUCCAGUAUAAUCAGCAACUUGAUCACUGUAUUUCCUCGCAAUAUAUUAACAGCCAUUCCAAAUGAACUUUUUUCUUCAUUUGUUAACUGCCUCACGCACCUCACUUGCUCUUUUGGAAGAAGUGCUGCCUUGGAAGAAGUGCUGGACAAAGAUGACAUGGUAUACAUGGAGGCGUAUGAUAAGCUUCUGGAAUCCUGGCUUACUUUGGUGCAAGAUGAUAAACAUUUCCAUAAAGGCUUCUUUACCCAACAUGCUGUUCAGGUUUUUAAUUCAUACAUCCAGUGCCACUUAGCUGCACCUGAUGGUACAAGGAAUUUGACUGCCAAUGGUGUGGCCUCCAGAGAGGAGGAGGAAAUAAGUGAACUUCAAGAGGAUGACAGAGAACAGUUUUCUGACCAGCUGGCCAGUGUAGGCAUGCUAGGAAGAAUUGCUGCCGAACACUGUAUACCUCUCCUUACAAGUUUAUUAGAAGACAGAGUGACAAGGCUUCAUGGCCAGUUGCAAAGGCACCAGCAGUUAAUUAGCUCACCUGGUUCAUGCUCCAUUGACAAUAAAGUGCUUGAUGACCUGUAUGAGGAUAUUCAUUGGCUUAUUCUAGUCACAGGCUACCUCUUAGCUAAUGAUACUCAGGGAGAGACUCCGCUAAUACCUCCAGAAAUAAUGGAGUAUUCCAUUAAGCAUUCAACUGAGGUUGACAUCAAUACAACGCUUCAAAUUCUUGGAUCUCCAGGAGAAAAGGCCUCUUCCAUUCCAGGGUACAACAGAACCGAUUCUGUUAUUAGGUUAUUGUCUUCUGUUCUAAGAGUUUCGGAAGUGGAGUCUCGAGCAAUAAGAGCAGAUCUAACACACCUUCUGAGCCCACAAAUGGGAAAAGAUAUUGUAUGGUUCCUUAAGCGGUGGGCAAAAACCUAUCUCCUAGUUGAUGAAAAAUUGUAUGACCAGAUAAGCUUGCCAUUCAACACGGCGUUUGGUGCUGAUACAGAGGGUGCCCAGUGGAUUGUGGGCUACCUCUUAGAAAAAGUAAUCAGCAACCUUGCAGUGUGGAGCUCUGAGCAGGAUCUGGCAAAUGACACCGUUCAGUUGCUAGUAACACUAGUAGAAAGGAGGGAAAGGGCCAAUUUGGUAAUUCACUGUGAAAACUGGUGGAACUUAGCAAAGCAGUUUGCCAGGCGGAAUCCACCACUUCACUUUUUGUCCAGUUCUGUGCAGCGAACAUUAAUGAAAGCCUUAGUUCUCGGGGGUUUUGCUCACAUGGACUCAGAUACCAAACAGCAGUAUUGGACAGAAGUUCUUCAGCCACUUCAGCAGCGAUUCUUGAAUGUGAUCAACCAGGAAAACUUCCAACAGAUCUGCCAAGAGGAGGAGGUGAAACAAGAAAUCACGGCCACCUUAGAGGCACUUUGUGGCAUUGCUGAGGCUACCCAGAUAGACAAUGUAGCAAUUCUCUUUAAUUUUUUAAUGGACUUCCUCACCAAUUGCAUUGGACUAAUGGAGGUAUACAAAAAUACACCAGAGACUGUUAACCUCAUCAUAGAAGUUUUUGUUGAAGUUGCACAUAAGCAGAUAUGCUAUCUUGGAGAGUCUAAAGCCAUGAAUUUGUAUGAAGCUUGUCUGACCCUACUUCAAGUGUAUUCCAAGAAUAAUUUAGGUAGACAACGAAUAGAUGUUACAGCAGAAGAAGACCAAUAUCAGGAUCUUCUUCUUAUCAUGGAGCUUCUUACUAACCUACUUUCAAAAGAAUUUAUAGAUUUCAGUGAUACAGAUGAAGUAUUUAGGGGGCAUGAACCCGGGCAAGCCACAAACAGAUCUGUGUCAGCAGCAGAUGUUGUCUUAUAUGGGGUGAAUUUAAUUCUACCUUUAAUGUCCCAGGAUUUGCUAAAAUUUCCAUCACUAUGUAAUCAAUACUACAAACUUAUAACAUUUAUUUGUGAAAUAUUUCCUGAGAAAAUCCCGCAACUUCCAGACGAUUUAUUUAAAAGCCUUAUGUAUUCAUUAGAAUUAGGGAUGACAUCAAUGAGUUCAGAUGUUUGCCAGCUCUGCUUAGAAGCUCUGACACCAUUAGCAGAGCAGUGUGCAAAAGCACAAGAGACAGACUCAUCUCUCUUUUUAGCAACAAGGCACUUUCUUAAGAUGGUUUUUGAUAUGCUGGUACUGCAAAAGCACAAUACAGAGAUGACAGCUGCAGCAGGUGAAGCAUUUUACACAUUAGUAUGUUUGCACCAGGCUGAAUAUUCUGAAUUAGUUGAAACAUUAUUAUCAAGUCAACAAGAUCCAAUAAUUUACCAGCGGUUAGCAGAUGCCUUCAACAAGCUUACUGCAAGUAGCACUCCGCCUACGCUGGACCGUAAGCAGAAGAUGGCCUUCCUCAAAAGUUUAGAAGACUUUAUGUCGAAUGUCGGUGGUCUCCUCUGUGUAAAAUAAACUCCAGAACUAUAUGCCUAACUUAGACCCUUUCUGCAAAAUGCACUGAAAAACGCUGAAAGCUGACUUAAUCUUAAUGCCUGUUUCUGGGUUUUUCUCAGCCAUCUAAGUUUUUAGAGAGCCUGGAAGUUUUGAUAUAGUGCAGUGGAAUAGGAGAUGUCAACUCUAAAAUCAGCUUCUGCUAAUAUGUGUUAGCCACAGUCUGUCAUACCUUUUUAUGUUGUACAGAAUAAACGGAAAAACUGAAAUUUUAAAAAGAAUUCCACAAGUGCAUAUAGAUAUGGGCACAAUAAAAACAAGAACCAGUGCCUUUUCCCAAAUGGCCUCAAAUAAUGACAAUUCAAGCUCCUAAAAUUUUUUUGUUGUUGUUGCUAUAAACCCUUUUAGUGUGUGAUAUAGACACAUACAGAACUGUAAAACAAUUCUAAGCUUUAUUUUUCCUCUCUGAAAACUGUGUGUGUAAUCCAUGAAGAAGAAAAAGAAGACGACCACCAAAUAAUAUUUUUAACUUAGUAUUUUGUUUUGUUUUGUUUUUUUACAUCAACCUGGUGUUGCAUGUUUGUGUAAUACAAGUUUCUACAUUAUACGCUGCUUCCCUAAAGUUCAGAAAGAAGAAAGGUGUAUAUUUUUGUUUCCCCUCAAAUGAACUUUAGGAACUGUAGCCAUUUCAUUGCCUUAAUUUAAAGCAAAUUUAAAGAGAAAGCUGAUAUAAGUUAGGAGAAAAAUCUAAGGCAAGCUUUGGGUCUUCAGAAGUGGUUUAGAACAUUGGCAUUAAGCUGCUGUGUAUCUGUUUGCAGCCUUCUUGUGUUGAGAAUAUUAUGUCAGUGUGAGUGUAAAGAGGAGUUGAUGUGUAAUUUUACUUUCAGUAUCUCUUGAUUCACACCCAGCUCAUGCACAACUACAGUGUAUUUCUAGACUGAACUGUUUGCUGAAGCAAUAAUGUUUCAAAAGGUGUAAAUUAUUGAUUUCUACAACCUGUUUUUUAAUAUUGGGGCAUUAGAUUCAAUGGCUAGUCUACCUGAAUUUCAGCCUCUUCUAGCCAGGAGCCAUGUAUGUUUGAUUUCAAGAUUCAGAAUACCAAACUGUGAUCUGAUGUCCUGCCAUCACCAUCAGAUCUACGGUGCUGUCUUCUGCUGCUCUGGUCCCAUUUGUUCAGUGUGUUGGCACUUUAAAGAUUUAAAAUUACCUUUAUGGUUUUCAUCUGACACCCACCAAAUAGGAGGCUGCCAUGGGAACAAAGUGUCAGGAACUCAAGAAUAUAGAAGCAGGGAAUUUACUAAUAGUUACAAGCCAAACUAAACCAACACAGAUGCAUAUGCUGCUGACUUAAAAUGAGUAAUUUUUGAUGAAGGAAGGGGAUACUUGUCUCCAAGGCCUUAUAUUUCAUACUCUGCAAGAUGUUUGCUACUGGAUAUUUCCAAGUAGUUGUUUUUACAGUUUGUAUGGAGAUGUGUAAAAACACUCACCUCUUCAUAGCCUAAUGUUUGCAAUUCUAUGCCAUCAUUGAGCUUUUCAUUUCAAAAUUAAAUCACUCUACCUAGAAUUAUAUAUGUUUGAAAAAUGAAGCGUUGUGGAGUGUUAUAAGGGUCCAAAACAUAACUUCUUUAAUUCCUUCUUGGCAAACCAUGAAUUCAGAAAUCAAAACCUCCAAUUAUUAUCUCCACAAGCAUUGAAAAUGAGCAAGUUGGCAAGAUUCCUUUUAUAAAGUGGAAAACAUCUGCAAGCAAUAGUGAAUCUUGGUCAAGGAACCUACCUUUCUGGCUGGCUUGGAGAAGAUUCUGCCAAACACUGCUGCUGUACAAGCUCCAUUUGUUUCAGGUGGUUAUGUUCUGGUUUCUAUGCAGGUCAGUGCAAAAUAAAUGGAACUUGUCUGCAACAUUACUUGGUGGAUUGCUUCUAAAAUUAAGAGUUGUCAAGGAUUAUUUGUAAUCUUAAACUUCCUCAUUCUAAAUGUAUAUUAUAUUAAAGGGAAACUGUCCAGUACAUUUUUACCUAACCUUUUGUAACUGUUAGUAAUGUCUAAGAAGGCUAUCUUUCCUGUUUUUGUAUUUUUUAAAACUAUGAACAACAUUCUAUCUCUUUCCCCCAUCCAGCAUGUUUCCAGAUGUCACAUUAUGUAUCUCCCCUUUUCUGAUUGUAGACAUUGAAACAAUUUCUGAGAUAUUGCAGUAGCUCUGGAAACAUAUUUUGGUGCAUAUGCACCUUCACCACACUGCUCUUUAAAGCUUUUUAUUGCUCGACUAUGUCCAUGUCUUAAAAAUAAUAAUUCGGAUACUUGUACUUCUGUUAGUGGGGGCACAAACAAAGCCCAUGAAAAUCAAUAAAAAUACAAUGCAUUUAGUUGGCUGUUACUUUAAGCCAUGUGAUAUUUUUGAGAAGUCGGUACAUUGAUGUAACAGCAGUAUUCGGCACACAGUGAAAAUUACACUGAAGACAAACACUUGUUUAAAAAAUUGAUCUUUUGUACAAGCCACACUUGUAUUAAUUCUAGUAUGCUUAUCAAAUGUGGUUCUUUGAUACAGUAAAUAACUUCCAUGGAGUGUCUGUUCUAAUGAUAAGUCCACAAUUCUUGCUCAGAAUUACAGUUUAGGCUUUUCAAAACAGGCAUUAAUUUUGGGGAUAACUUUUUAAACUGUUGUGAUUCCACUCCACUAAUGGCUAAAUAUUUCAAGGCAUACACAAGCACAAGAAAAUUAACUUUGAUUUCAUCAUGGGAGUCAAUUGAUAUGUUCUUAAUCAAAAAGGACUUCAAUCUUCAGGAUUGAAAAGAAUCUGUUUUUGCAGAAGAAGAUCAGGAAUUUUAAUUGGAGCUUCUCUCUGGUUCAUGCAGAAUACUUGGAGGAUUAUGGGCAUCCAAUGGAGGAUUGAUGGAAUAUAGAGGUGACAAUUACUUUGGCAUUCCUGUCACCUCCCAAAACACUUCAGUGGUCAUUUUCAACCAUCUAAGAAUUUUACAUUGGUUUAUGAGAGGAACCAGAGGCACUACCAGGAUUCUUCAUGGGGCUGUAGUGUCUUGUUACUCCCUGCCCCCUAGUAUUCCCCUCCAAAUGUUAGUUUAGGGGGUCAGCCUUGCAAUCCCCAGGCUUCUGCCAGUGUGGAAAGAAUUUCAUUAUCAGCAAGGGCAGAGGGAAGGCACUUUGAAUUCAGGCUCUCAGUUCUGACUUCCAAGUGCUUCUCUAAGGCUGGAGCUGAGACUGUAGACAGCAUCAAGGGGCAAAGAACUGCACCCUGAGAAAAACACUAAAGUAUAGAUGAAUAUUUAAUAGCUUAUUUCAAAGCAAACAAUUUGAAACUUCAUUUGAAAUUCAGUUGAAAAUUGUUAAAGACAUACCUCCUAUCAACUAAUGAACUGAAAUUCUUAAAAUAUUUUGGUUAAUAUACCAUAGAGUUUUUAAAGAUCCAAAAUUAAAAUAAUAGCAUUUUUGCCCUUCCUGAAUUUUAGUUAAGAAAAGAUUAAUCUUCCUACAUAUACCACACCAGAGAUAAUGCUUGUCUAACUUAAAUUCAAAAAGCCAAUUAUGACAUCUACUAUUUGCCAGCUAAUUGAUUACAGUGGGAACUGAAUGAGAUCCCUGAGAAUACCACAUAACUAUACAGCAAAGUAUUUAGCAGGUCUAAAUAUUGUUCAUUAAUAAUCUACAUUGGACCAUUAGUCUCAUGAUACUAAUGUUGGCUAUAAUUGUACUUCAGGUUCACCGAUAGGGAAAAAGCAAAGAUAGUAUUUAUUUUGGGAUAAUUUGCAUUAUGUCAGAAAUUGAUCAUGUGUAAAAAAAAAAAAAAAACCUCACAGUAAAAGUAAAGUAAACCAUCUGGAAAUUAUUGACAACUCAGCAUUUUCCUUCUUGCUUCCUGAAUGGGGAAAGUCUGCAUUUUGUCAAGUUGGCCAGUUAAUUUGUGUGGUCAUCUCUGUAACUGGAGAGUUGCUAAAGUACUUAUUUUAAGAUUUGUCUUCUAAAUCCUGUUCUUUUUGAAUUCUCCCAAUAUGCAGAAUUUUGCAAAUAUGCAAAAUCACUUUAUGAAGCAAAACAUGAUUUCAUGCCACUUUCUUGAAGGUCUUGAAUAAUCAGAUAACCUCACUGAGGAUACAAUUCUAAACCCAUUUACUUACCUUGGAAUAAGCCCCAUUAAAUUCAGUAGGCCUUUCUUUUGAGUAGGCAUGCAUAUGAUUGCGCUGUAAAUGCCAUAAUUGUCUACAUAAUAAAAAAGCUAUUAUAGAACCUGAGAAUCUUUCAGGUCUCAGCUGAAAGAACAGCAAUAAAAAUAGAGCAGUACUGCUGACUGCAACAGAGAUCCUGGUUCCAACAGAUGGACAAAUCCAUAAUAGACAAGAAUAGGAAGCUAUGGCUGUGUACUAGACAAGGCAGAAUACUGGGAAUGAUUUACGAUUAAAGGUCUUUUGUAUUUUGUCUGGGAGCUAACCUCACUUGCUCAAAAUCCCGAAAAAUGGUUUUCCAGUUGUUUCUGUCUGAGAUAAUUACCUGAAGCCAAUUUUGCAAUUAUCCAGCUUUCUGCAUCUGUGGUGUUGCUAGAAUGCAAGUAGAACCUGGAUCCAUUUGCUCUUGGUAAUACAAUAAAAAGAGCAUUAUGUAUCUGGAGUGGAGACAGCUAGAAUGCAGUUAACAUUGCAAGACACAUUUACCUUCCUACCAUCUCAGAUACAAUGUUGAUCUGCUGCAUCAUAAAAGGCAGUUUUAAGAGCUAGAAAAGUUACCUUCAGCAACAGAUUAUUAGAAAUCAAAUAUUAUUGGCUUUUCCUUCUGCUAAUUUGGGUCCAACUUACAUUUGGCUAAAAGGUGUGUGUCAGAAAUGUUAGAUUGUUUUCAGAGUUGGACAUCAUGAACCAGAAACCCUUGAGUCAAGCAAUCACUCCUCUUUCCGUUCUGCUUAUUCUGCUAUUUCUUCCUUAACACCUUGAAUGUAUCUUUUGUCUUUUUAGUUUAAGAAUUAUUACUGAUGAUCUAGAACAAGAGUCAAUUCUGUCUUCAGCUUCUGAGAGCAGCUGAAAAGUUUUAAAGCAGCAGUUUGUCCAAAAUAUUAUUUUGUGUUAUAUUAACAGUGAAGUCUGGAAUAAACUUGAAUAAUUAGGGAGUGGGGAAGUGCAAAGCCUUCAUGCUUAUUUCGUGGAGGCUGAUAUAUUUUUGUUGUCAUGUACUAGGAGCCUCAGGUUCUUAAUUUGCUGUUUUAUUUUUGUUUUAAGAAAUCUGGGACACCUGAAACAGCUCAGACAACAACAUAAAAUCCUAAACUAAAAGCAUAACACAGGUGGUUAAGCCAAAAUUGGAGGGAAAGAGGAAAUUUCAUUCAACUUUAAUUCAGAUUUUAAUCCUCACUGGAUAUUGAAGCAUCAGAACUUUAAUUUAAUGAUGGUGUUUUUUUAGAAAGCAGUAUAGUAGAACUUGCCCAUAAAAAUAGUACCGUGAUAUUGGUGCUUCAAUGUAUAGAUCAGUAUUUUGGUUGAACCUUUUUUUCUCUUUGCUGGAUGACUGAUCAAAUGUUCUAUUGAGAAAGUGUUUUAAAGUAUGUAUUUCAACUGUUUCCUUGCUACACCUAAUGCUUGCAUCUACACAAAUAUUUGUCUCCGAGCUUCUGUUUUCAAUUCCAAAAUGCAUUGCAUUGCUUUUUACCAAAAAGUAAGAGUAUACAGCAGGCUUACAUGGCUUGUAUCUGUACUGUAGAAGGGGCUGGUUACUACAAACAAGGCUACAGUAUAAAGAUUUUUAUGUAUCUGAUUCUUUCAGUAAUCCUGCUAGAGAGUUGCAUUGCAAGUCAAAAUCACCCCUUCAAAAUUAGCUGGGGUGGGGCUCUCCAGUGCUCACUGGAUAUGCUAGUCAUGCCUGCUCUAUUUUAGGUAUUGUUGUGUCUACUGUUCCUUCUUUUUAUGUGUUUUAUUACUUUCAAGAAGCAUUUUGCUACUUUUGAAUUAUUGCUGUAUUUACCAGAAACUACUUAGGAAGAUCUCUUCUCACAAGAUCAGCACUACUGCAGUUGAACGCUUAUGCUCUUCUACCAUCUUUAUGAAAGACUGUUCUGUUGAAGUACUCUUGGACUGCCUUCAGGCUUUUAUGCACUUUUGUGACUUUACAGCUGUUAAAAAUGAAUUAUCUUGCAACUAUUUUGAUAAAACGCAUAUGUAUUAAAAAAAAAAACCAAACAAAACCUAACUGCCUCAGGAAAGCAAGUUACAAUAGAUACCUGUCUCUUAUUUUAACUGAAAUAUGUUCAUCUAUGUUUCUUUUUAAGAUAGCCAGAUCCUGUUUAGAAGCCAUGAUGGGGGAUGGGGGAGAUGUUAACAGAGGUCUAGUUCAACUUGAAAAAGAGCAAAAUUAAUUUUAAAAUUACUCCCACCUACCCACCCUUUAUGUUAAAUUCUAUAUUUGGUUCCAUAUAUUAAAACAUUACUAGGAAUGAAAGGA